GGGCGUGUCCGUCACUUACCAAACAAGUUUGGAAGACGCUAACAGAGUUGGUUUGUAGGUUUAUAUUAUGUUUGAACUUUUUAUAAGCUAAGCACUUUUUUAAAUAACGAAAUGCUUUUUAAUUGCAAGCGUCUACCUCCUGUGUGCCUUUUUGAAAGAAGUUAUAUUCAAGUUGGAACACGCUACAUACCUAGAAAGGAUGCAAACAAAUCCUGACCAAAACAGUCACCUGCCUGAAUAAUACAGUCCAGUUCUUUACACGUCCUGUAUGCAGAGGUCUAGAAGCCACUCUGCUGAUGCUGUGAAUCGUUUCUCCGCUGACACAAGAAGGCGGCAACGUAGCAAUGGUAUCGAUGGGUGUGGACCUUGUGGAUCACACUGAGAUGACUGUACUGGAGAUGUGAGAAAGAGGCUGGUCGAGAUACUGCUGAGAAACAUCGCGUCCCGUGCUGUGUUCAAUAACGAAGCGGGUCGUUGCUUGACUGCACCAGGUUGUUGCAACUGUGUUUUAUGGAUGAGGAUUAGAUCGUGACUUCUAUUUCUGAGAUUCUCUUAUUCCCACCCCAAAGUGCGCUUUUGACUUGUCUCCCGAAAAGGACUCCAGCACGAUGGAAUUAAACAGCAACGCGAAUGGGCACAGGUUACAGGAUGAUGAGGAUCUGCAGUUCCUUCUGAAGGGCAGCAAGCUCCACAAAGUGAAGUCCAAGUCCUGGAAGAAGCUUCGCUUCUACAAGCUGCAGGACGACUGCAAAACCAUCUGGCACGACUCCAAGAAGUUGCUGAGCAGCCCUGACAAGCACACCUUCUCUAUCCAGGACAUUGAGGAAGUGCGUCCAGGCCGGCAGUCUGAAGGCCUGCAGAAGAACGCCGGAGACGUCCCAGAUAGCUGCUGCUUUUCCAUCUUCUUCAAAGAUCAGAGGAAGAACCUGGAUCUGGUGGCCAGCUCCGAGGAAGAGGCUGGGCAGUGGGUCACAGGCCUGAAGAAAGUGAUCCGCCUGUCAGACAACCUGAACAGCAAGCAGAAGCAGGAGCACUGGAUUUACAGCUGUCUCCGCAAGGCCGACACAAACAGCGACAACAAGAUGACAUUCAAGGAGCUCAAGCACUUCCUGGGCGAGAUCAACGUCAAAGUAGAUGACCUCUACGCAGAGAAGCUUUUUAAUGAGUGCGACACAUCCCAUUCCAAAACGCUGGAAGGCUCUGAAAUCGAGGAGUUCUACAAGCGGCUGACCUACAGGAAUGAGAUCGAAGUGAUCUACUCGAAAUAUGCCAGCAGCAAGGGGAAGAUGAGUGUGGAGGAUCUGGGGAACUUCCUGAGGAUGGAGCAGCGUGAAGACGUGGGGCUGAACGAAGCUGUCGCACUCAUUCAGAAAUACGAGCUGGAUGAAGCAGCAAAAGAAAAGAAGCUGAUGAGCAGAGAUGGCUUCCUGAUGUACCUGCAGUCGAGUGACGGGCUGGUAUUGAACCCCAGACACACCCUGGUGUACCAGGACAUGAGCCAGCCUCUCAACCAUUACUUCAUCUCCUCCUCGCACAACACCUACCUGAUGGAGGACCAGCUCAAGGGACCCAGCAGCACCGAGGCCUAUGUCAGGGCUCUUACGAAAGGGUGCCGCUGUGUUGAACUGGAUUGCUGGGAUGGACCCAACGGUGAUCCCGUGAUCUAUCACGGGUACACCCUCACCUCCAAAAUACUCUUCAAAGACGUCAUCAGGACUGUCAAGGAGUACGCGUUCAAGAAUUCCGAGUACCCAGUGGUCCUGUCCUUGGAGACUCACUGCAGUAUGGACCAGCAGAAGGUGAUGGCCCAUCACAUGAAGACAAUCCUGGGGAGCAUGCUGCUGACCGCACCCCUGGGUGGCAAAAUGCCAACCCACUUCCCUUCCCCUGAGCAGCUGAAGGGGAAGAUCCUGGUGAAGGGGAAGAAGCUGCAGUCGCGGGAGCACAGCAUGACGAGCCCCGAGAGCCUGCAGGGGGAGGAGGAGGAGUCUGUGUCAGAGGAGGACGAGGCUGCAGACCUGCCAGAGGAGAAGGGCAUGCCCAAGGUACAGUGCGCUCCCGCUCCCCGUGAAGGCACUCUGCACCGGGAUCUGCUUCUCACACUGUCUGUCCUCUCCAUGCAGAAAUCCAAACUGAAACUGGCCAGGGAGCUCUCGGACUUGGUCGUUUUCUGCAAAAGUGUUCAUUUCCCUGGCUUUGAGACCGCCAGGGAGACCCAGGCUUUCUACGAGAUGUCUUCCUUCGGAGAGAGCAAGGCAUUCAAGUUAGCUCAGGAGUCUGCGAAUCGCUUUGUUAUUCACAACACCAGGCAGCUGAGCAGGACCUACCCCAGAGGCACGCGGACCGACUCCUCCAAUUACAAUCCUGUAGACUUGUGGAACGCAGGAUGUCAGAUAGUUGCCUUGAACUUCCAGACCUCUGAUAAAAGCAUGGAUCUGAACCAGGGCAAGUUCCAGCAGAAUGGAUUUAGCGGCUACAUUCUCAAACCGAGGUUCAUGCGAGAUGGGCAGACGCAGUUCAACCCCACGUCCAUCAUGCAAGGGGAGUGGCUGACUCCCAAGAAACUCCAUGUGAUGAUCAUAUCCGGCCAGCAGCUGCCGAAGGUGAACAAGAAUAAGAACAAUUCCAUUGUGGACCCGCUGGUCCGAAUCGAGAUCUCCGGGGUCCCACGUGAUGUGUGUUCAGCAGAGACUGAACACAUUGAAGAUAAUGGGUUUAACCCGAGCUGGAACAAGAACUUCCAGUUUGAUAUCUGUGUCCCGGAGCUGGCCCUCGUCCGCUUUGUGGUGGAAGACCACGACACCGCUUCCCGAAAUGACUUUGUGGCGCAGUACACACUACCAUUCAUGAGUUUACAGAACGGAUACCGCCACGUUCCUCUACUGACGAAGGAAGGGAACCCCAUUGCUUCCUCCUCCAUCUUCGUACACAUCAUGGUCGUUGACCAGUAGAAACAGCUUCACACGAAAAGCCUUAAAAACCAAAGACUUUCACAAUCAAGCCAUUCCAUUCCAUUUUUAUUUCAUGUUGGGUUUUUUAAUUGUAUCAUAUUUUAAUUUGUAUUGCUCUUUUUUAUGUUAACCCUAGUUUUAUCUUCUGUGAUUGAACAUUUAGGAGUAGCGUCUUUAUUCUUAAUAACACGUUUAAGGAAUGAUGAACUGGAGAGGAGUUUUUAGUAUUUUAAUAGCGCACAUAGCUAUGAUUAUAAAUGCAAUAGAAUGCCUGCCUUCUGUGGCUGGGUUACAAUAAGGAAUACACAGAAAGCUUACGGCUAGUGAGAUGUAGUUUGUCUUUUUCCAGAUUGUGAAUUGGAAGAGAAAGUAUCUUUCACAAAUGAAUUUUGAUUGUCGGUGAUUAAUCAUUAUAGGUUGAUUCGGUUUCAUUUGAUAUUUUUAAACUGUUCAUCUUUUUUGCGUUUUACUAAAAAGGGUCAACUUCAUCAACCCAUAGAAUCAGUUUUUUGUUUGUUCUACAUUUGAAUUCUGACAGUCUGUGUUAAACUGACUCUUGUGCCUACUAGCAUUCGGUGUUUUGGCACUGAAAAAAUCCAGUGUAUAAGGAAACUGCAGUUUUUUGCUUUGUAUUUCAGAUGUGUGCGACUGACUAAGAGAAUAAAUUAGGAUCUGCAGUGGUAGCCACAUCCAGCUAUUCACCUGUCACAAACAUGCUGCAGCUUGGAAAUUCAGAUUUCAAACCAUCAUUGAAUCAGCUGCACUUAAUUAGCAGAAAGUGCAUGACUUAAAACAGCAGGGGGCGCUGUGGACUUGAAGACUAAUCUUUAAAACGAUCGUGCAUUUUGUCAGAGCAGCUAAACUGCACAUGGUUUGGAGUUGUGCUCAAGGGCAUGAGGUUUAAACAGGCUUUUAGUGAAACAGUCGGUUGGUACAAAGAAGUGCCGAGGCUUGGAAGAGCUUGAAGCCUGAAGUGCCUCAGCCCUUCGAGAGAGCAUCCCUCCAACCUGGAGCAAUGCCUGUGUGAAGAAGUACAGCCCUAUCUUCGCACCAAGUCAUUUGUUAUUAAUGCGUGCAAUGUGUAUUUACAGUAACUAGCUGCACAGUAAAACAAAAUCAGCAAAUCAACAGAAAUAACAUAAUGCACACUUUAAACAAAAUCGAAAAACACAAAUCUAGAGUCUCAUUGUUUACAGCAGUGUUGAUAGCGUUAACAUGUAUCAAUGGAACAGGAGGAGAUGUGCUGCAGUGUUGGAAAUAUCAGUUGCUAAUUUAAGUGUAAAUUAAAAUUGAGCUUGAGAGCGAACAAUGGAAGAGUCUGAAUUUGUUCGUUUCAGAGAAAUCGCUCAGCUGUGUAUUGAGAUGAAACCGGUGGUAGACUCUGCUCCAGGUCGCCAGCCUCGGUCUCCAAACACUAUCCUCCUUUCAGACUCCUGUGUGACAGGGCAGGGUUUGGGUUUCAAAUCAAUCUGUUGUGUAUUUUCUUCCUCAUGCAUUCACAAUGUUUCCAGUAUUUUGAAAAACACUGUUCCUUGUUAUUAAAUACUUUGUCAUACAAA